CCCCACCCAACCCUUGCAUGGCAGAUUCUCGGUUCAGAAAUUUAGCAUUAUCUGAAUAUUAAUUAAUUUCUCCCUCUUUUGUGGUGGCGUUUACGUCAAGGAUGUGAAAAAUCUUUCAAUUCCUUCCAUUCUCCUGCCAAAGUUUCAAGCUUUAUAUCAGAAUUUAUCACCCAGAUAAGUUUUCAUUUGUAAUCAAAUUCUGGGUCAUUUUGUUCACCAAUCCUUGUUCUGAAAAAAACCAGAGGGGUGAUAUCAUUUUCCUUCAAAUCUGAGCUGGAUUUUCCUUGUCCCCUCUCUGAGUUAGGAUUUGUAUCAGCUGAAACAAGUCCUGAUUUGGAGAGAAGGGUGCUUUUGUAUGCAAGUUGUUCAGAUAGCUGCCACUGUUCUAUAUCAUCUAUGUUUUUGAGGUUUUAAGGGUCCUAAUUUGAGGUUUUGAGCUUGUUUCCUGAUAGCUUCCACUGUUAUAUAUCAUCUUGGUUGUCCUGUUCUUGUAUCAAUUUGACUGUUGUAGCUUUUCCAUUGUUUCCACUCUGCUAAGUUCACAAGCUUGUCUAAUACUAAAUUGUCCUUUUUCUUAGAAGCCCUUGUGUUUGGCUUUGGAUUGGUUAUCUUGUUAUAGUUAUCUUUCAUUUUUAUGUACUUGAGUGGAUUGAAAUGUGAGUGAUGUGGACUAGGAGGAUUGGUAUAUUGGAUUAGUUUCUUAGCUGUUGGAUUGUUGGGUUCAAAAUGGGGAAGAAAAAGAAGCAAGUAGGAGAAAUAAGUGGUGAAGAUAGUGCAAAUCAGAGCAAGGUUGGAGAUAGAAGCCCAAAAGCAUAUGAUAGUGAUACCUUGGUAUUUAUAUCCAUGGCUCAAGAGUUGAAGGAUGAAGGGAACAAGCUGUUCCAAAAGCGCGAUCUUCAAGGAGCAAUGGUAAAAUAUGAGAAAGCCCUCAAAUUGCUUCCUGGAAAUCACAUAGAUGUGUCCUAUCUGCGGAGUAACAUGGCUGCGUGCUACAUGCAGAUGGGGCUCAGUGAGUACCCUAGGGCAAUUCAUGAAUGCAAUUUGGCUCUUGAAGUGACACCAAAGUACAGUAAAGCUCUGAUGAAGAGGUCGAGGUGCUACGAGGCUUUAAACAGGCUGGAUUUAGCACUGAGAGAUGUUAGUGCUGUUCUGAAGAUGGAGCCAAAUAAUGUCAUGGCUUUGGAGAUCUCAGAUAAGGUGAAAAGUGCACUUGAAGAUAAAGGAUUAAGAGUGAAUGAUACAGAAAUUGAGUUGCCUCCUGAUUAUGUUGAACCUCCUAUUGCUUUGCCUCCCAAAAAGGUAGUAAAAGAAAAGACACACAAGAAAAGGCACAACAAAGAGAAGGUGAAGGAUCUGGAUAAAAUUGUAGAAAAGCAAACUGAGGAGAAAUUAGAAGAGAAAAAUGCUGAGGACAGUGUUGCAGUAAAGAAGGAAGAGGAUGGUCUGAAAGGGAAGAAGGCUAACACAUCUAAAAAGAAGAAGACCAAGGAAAAAGUUGAUAAGAAAAAGGAUGAUGUUAAAGAGGUCUAUGAGGUAAAAUGUAAUGGUAGAAGUGAAGAUGUGCCUAAGAAAGCAGUCAAACUUGUUUUUGGUGAGGAUAUAAGAUGUGCUGAAUUGCCAGUUGAUUGCAGCUUAUUUCAGCUAAGAGAAGUUAUUCGUGAUCGGUUCCCAAGCCUAGGAGCAGUUCUUGUCAAAUAUCGAGACCAGGAAGGUGAUUUGGUCACAAUCACUUCUGAAGAAGAACUAAGGUGGGCUGAAACAGGAUCACCGGGUUCUAUCCGACUGUACAUAGUAGAAGCUAAUCCUGAUCAUGAUCCACUCUAUGAGAAACUUCAUGUGAGGGAUGGGGAAAAGGAUGGUAUUUAUGAUUCUCCUGAGAAUGGUCAUGUGGUGAAAGCAAAGGAAAUUAUCACCUCAUCUUGCAUUGAGGAUUGGAUAAUUCAGUUUGCACAACUAUUCAAGAACCAUGUUGGAUUUGAAUCUGACAGAUAUUUAGAUUUUCAUGAACUUGGGAUGAAGCUUUAUUCUGAGGCGGUGGAAGAGACAGUUACGAGUGAAGAGGCACAAGGUCUAUUUGACAUGGCUGGGGGCAAGUUUCAAGAGAUGGCAGCUCUAGCUCUGUUUAACUGGGGAAAUGUGCAUAUGUCCAGGGCAAGGAAGAGAGUGUAUUUAACAGAAGAUUUUUCAAAAGAGCAUCUUUGUGAACAAAUCAGAAGUUCAUAUGAAUGGGCACAGAAAGAAUAUGCAAAAGCUGGAGAAAGAUAUGAAGCAUCCACUAAAAUCAAGUCAGAUUUUUAUGAAGGCUUUCUCGCACUAGGCCAACAGCAGUUUGAGCAAGCAAAACUUUCUUGGUAUUAUGCACUCAGUAGUAAUGUAGAUUUAGCCACAUGGCCCUCCACCGAGGUUCUUCAUCUUUACAACAGUGCUGAGGAAAAUAUGGACAAAGGAAUGCUGAUAUGGGAAGAAUCAGAAGAACAAAGGUUGAGUGAAACCUCCAAUCAAAGCGAUAUUAGAUCACAUUUGCAGAACAUGGGGUUGGGUGGACUAUUUAAAAACAUGUCAUCAGAUGAAAUUGCUGCACUGGCGGCCAACAUGAGGUCCCAAAUAAAUCUCAUGUGGGGAACCAUGCUAUAUGAGCGCUCAAUUGUGGAGUUCAAAUUAGGUUUACCGGUAUGGCAUGAAUGCCUGGAAGUUGCAGUUGAGAAGUUUGAACUUGCUGGAGCUUCUCCAACAGAUGUAGCAGUAAUGUUGAAAAACCACUGUUCAAAUAACACUUCCGGAGAUGGUCUAGGUUUCCACAUUGAUGAAAUAGUGCAGGCGUGGAAUGAGAUGUAUGAAGCUAAAAAGUUGCACAAAGGAGUUCCAUCAUUUCGUUUGGAGCCCUUGUUUCGAAGAAGAGUUUCAAAGAUUUACCAUGCUUUUGAGCUUGUAUAAGUUUCAUCUUUUUCUACAAGAUGUUGAAGAAUAACAGAGCCAGCACUCGUACAAGUUGCAUCUUUUUCUGUGCCUGGAAUGCUAGUGUCAUCACAAGGUUUCUUUUGCUACUUUCUAGAGUUUGGAUUGAAGAAUGUACUUAUAGGUAGAAACGAUUAUUUUCAUUGCGCAUAGACAUGUACCAAAAACUUAAAAGAGUUUGCAAGUUCCUUUACAGACUGGGAAGGUGAAGUUUCAGGAAGUGCUUUUUACUCACUUUCUGCAAGUGCUCACAUUGCCUUCCCUUUAUGUAUGGUUAGAUUUAUAGGAGCUAGUUGGAUAUUAAAUUUAUAUGGAAAGCAGUGGGAGAUAUAUAUGUAUGUUGUUUGUUUAUCUGUUUUCCUUGUUCUGUAAUUUAUCCAUUUGUAACUUUUUUUUGUAAACUCAUUUGUAACUACUUGUUGAGUUAGUGUUUUUUGAUGAAAUUUCCUUGUAAUGUAUCAUUCAACUUGCCAAUUGCAACUUAUUUUGCUUUUGUUGUCG